AUGUCGUUGACAAAUUCCCGUUUCUACGAGGAGAAGUAUCCGGAGGUGGACAGCUAUGUCAUGGUCAAUGUGAAGCAGAUCGCCGAAAUGGGCGCAUACGUGAAGCUGCUGGAAUAUGACAACAUUGACGGCAUGAUCCUGCUCUCCGAACUGUCGCGCAGACGUAUCCGCAGUAUCCAGAAGCUCAUCCGUAUUGGCCGUAACGAGGUCGUCAUCGUGCUCCGUGUGGACAAGGAGAAGGGUUAUAUCGAUCUGUCCAAGCGUCGUGUUUCCCCCGAGGAUGUUAUCAAGUGUGAGGAGAGAUACAACAAGAGCAAGGCUGUGCACUCCAUCAUGCGCCAUGUCGCCGAGGCCACCCAAACCCCUCUUGAGACCCUAUACCAGCAGAUCGGAUGGCCCUUGAACCGCAAAUACGGCCACUCCCACGAUGCUUUCAAGAUCUCCAUCACGAACCCCGAUGUGUGGAACGACGUCGAAUUCCCCAGCGAAGCCGUCAAGAAGGAGUUGACGCAUUACAUCAGCAAGAGACUCACCCCUCACCCCACCAAGGUCCGUGCCGAUAUUGAGGUUACCUGCUUCGGCUACGAUGGUAUCGAUGCAGUCAAGGAGGCCCUGCGCACCGCUGAGGCCAACAACAACGCCGAAAGCCAGAUCAAGGUCAAGCUGGUCGCCCCGCCCUUGUACGUCUUGACUAGCCAGUGCUUGGACAAGGCUAUCGGUAUCCAGCAGCUCGAGGAGGCCAUCCAACGGAUUGAGGCCAAGAUCAAGGAGUCCGGCGGUGCCUGCACAGUCAAGAUGGCUCCCAAGGCCGUUACCGAGCACGAUGAUGCUGCCCUCCAGGAGCUCAUGGAGAAGCGUGAGCGUGAGGUCAUGUUGGUCAGCGGUGAUGAGGAUGAUUCUGAGAGCGAUGAGGGUAACCUUGAGUAA